UAUACUUAAUCCGCCCCCUCCCCCUCUGGCUCGCGCGCUUUUUCUCUCGAUCUCUCUCUCUCACGCUCACUUCCCGCGCCGCCGUCACGCCCUGCUGAUCGUCGAACGCCACCGCCGCCUCCGUCCAACCGCCGAACGUUGCGGCCCGAGGAUCCGCCGGCGGCACCACCCACGCCGCCGCCGCCUUGCUAGUCGCCAGUUGAAGGCGCCGCCGGCAUCCGUUUUGUUGGCUGAACAUUUGGGUGUUACAUUGGAAUUUUGGAGGAUUUUUAGGUGCCGUCCAGCAGCGGUGAAGGCAUUUCGGCAACACGUUUUGAGUUGGGUUGUUCGUUGAAGCCAGAAGACUGAUUUUGGUGUGAAUAGAAGUUGGGUUUUACACAAGGGUCUAUGCAGUGGAAGUUUAUUUCCUCAUACUUGGCUUAAUUUUGAGGAUAGUGACGCUACUACUAGAAUGGCUAGAGACAUGCAAAAUUGGUUUGAACCUCAUCCUGCUCCUAAGCCCCGUUGUGGUGAUAGGAUCUUAAUAGUGUUUGGCGUUAAUCAUGGGGGUGGAAUUGGAAAAGGGUCAAGCUCAGUUGCACGAUAUGGAGGGUGUUAAUCUCACAGAUGCGCAGUUAGUUGAUUUUGUUAGGGGUUUUCUUAGUUCAGUGUCACUGGGAGAUAAUGAUGGGUAUAACCAGCUUGUUGGUGUUAUACACCACAAGGACCGACUAACCCCCGAAGAGGUUGCCUUGCUCGUGACAUGUUUGAAGGCACUAUCUGGAGCAGUUUCUUGUAUAGAUAUCGUUCUCCAUGAAUCUCUUCUUGCAGCAAUUUUCAAAAGGAGCUUGUGGGAUUAUGGACGUAACGUGAUGGAUGCCCUGAUUGAACUGAUAAUUUCCCUGGCCGUUUCAAGUGGAAAAUAUGUGGAUUCAUGCUUGGAUAUGCUUGUAAAUAAUUUCAUGCCACCCUACUCCUACAAGGAUUUCCUGAAGAAACCACAUGGGCUUACCAGAAAGGAUGAAGUUCUUUCUCGAGUGCACACAGCUCUAAAAGACAUCUUGGACUUGGUGCCUCUUGCACCCUUGAGAUUAGAGCAGAUAGUUGUCCAUAAAAUGCAAAGAGUCUUUUUCAAAGAAUCUUUGACCACGAUAUAUGUGGAAAGCAUGUUGAGGUUGGAAAAAGGUGCAAUGAGUGAAUUUGUUGGGAGAAAGAUCUUAACCGCUCUGGUGGAUAAGCUUUUAGAUUUGGAUGUGGAGAUUGGGUGGGACGAUAUCCUACAAGACGAUUUCAGUAAAGGAAUUUUUGAGAUGGAACUUGCAGAUGAUGAUGAAACUACAGAAGAUAUUAAUGAGGCUUCUAGUGAGCUUCCAAGAGAACUAAGUCGUAAGAGCUUAGGUGGAAAUAUAAUUGCUGAAACGUUAGAUAGCUUGAUUGUUCUAACAUUUGAACAUCUUGAAUCAUGUGAACGUGAUGGACGAUUGAAUGAGGUUUUUGACGUUUUACUCCUAUCAUUCCAAAGAACUGUUCUGACUGCUUACAAGUCUAAAUUCGCCCAGUUUGUCAUUUUCUAUGCUUGUGCAUUAGAUCCUGAAGUUUGUGGUGCGAGAUUUGCCGUUUGGCUAGCAGACAUGUUUGUUUCCUGCAAUGAUCCUCCGCUUACCAGGAUGAAGGCCGUUUCAUAUCUUGCAAGUUAUUUGUCUCGUGGGAAGUUUCUGUCAACCUCUUUGGUUACUAUUAUAUUGAAAAGACUGGUGGAUUGGUGUUUAGAAUAUGGCAAAACACUGGAUGUUGACCCGAACCCAAAGGCUCAUAAAGUAUUUUAUUCUGGUUGCCAGGCCAUAAUGUAUGUGCUUUGCUUCCGGAUGAGGUCCAUUUUGGAGAUUCCACGUCUGAAGUCACAACUUCUGCUUAUUCCUAUAGGUCCAGUCUUGACGCAUAGAUUAAGCCCACUGAAGGUUUGCCUACCAUCUAUCGUUGAGGAAUUUCUUCGGCAGGCAGAAGUUGCUAAUUUAUUUUCACCAUCAGAGACUUUUAUAUUCAAUGGUUUGCUGGAGUCUGAAUAUUCUCAGACUUUUGGUGGGAUAGAAAGGCUCGACAUGUUUUUUCCGUUUGAUCCUUGCUUAUUGAAAACAUGCGACAGAUAUCUACGGCCACAUUUUGUAUAUUGGUCGAUGGUCAGACCUACCUACGAUGAAGAAGAAUAUGGAGGUAGCAGCGAUGAAGAUGUUGCAGAGGUUUUUCCAGAUAGAAUUGAGGAAAACCUUAUGGACGAUGAAGCAGUGGCAAGAAGCUACGACGACAGAGAUUUUGAUCUUGAUGAAUUUGAUUCUGCAUUAAAUGAAAUGUCCAUCACACCAAGAAAUUCUCUUCAGUACCGGCGAGAUUUUGUUCAAAUGCCCUUGCAAAUCCGACCCACGAUAAGUCCAGAAUCUUUGUGAUAAAAGAUAUCAGUUUGAAUAGUUAACUGGAAUGGAAGUAUGAAUGGCUGGGUUGGCAUAUUUCCAUGAAGAUAUUGAUUGCAAAUCUAGGUUGGGUUUUUGGGGCUUGUCUUGUUUGUUUAAAAUGUAUAAUAAAUAGGUGGGUUGGAAUUGGUGUUGGUGGGGUUCAGUUUUUUUUUUUUUUUUUUUUUUUUUUACCUCAUUCCUUUUUCUAGCUUUGAAUAUUGCCUUUGCUUUUCUUUACGCUCCAGGCUUAUAAUAGUUGCAGUAAGUGAUCAUAUACAGCCUAAUUUUGUUCACCUCUAAGUGAUAUAUAUGUAUGAGUAUGACUGGUUAGUGAACUGUCUUUCCUC